ACCAUUAACAUCAUAAUUUCAUUCCUUGAUCCAAAUCUCAAUAUUUCUUCAAUCCUUCUUCAAAAACGCCUCAACCAUGGCCGGAGGAAGAUCAAAGUCUAAGGCUUCUAAGAAGAAAAGCACCGCCGAACCCUCGAGCUCUGCGCCUCCACCGUUCCCCUACCUGGACGGAUCGUUUCUUGAGUUCGGGUCGGAGGAGGAACUCAACCGAUUCCUCACGCACUUUGCCAAGCGUCCCAUUUCUCCGCCUAGGGUGCUGCCCGAGUUGUACCCUCAACAAAAGGGGUACCACGACCUCGACAAUCAGCUUCAAGCAUCGGGUCUGUGGUCGUUCGUCUCCAGGAGCCGCUCGAGCUUCAAUCCCGCCUUUGUGCGAGCCUUCUACUCCAAUCUCCGCCGUGACGGGGACACCAUUCGCAGCAGCAUCAAUCUCUACGACAUAGAGAUUGAUUUGCCUACCUUUGCUCGGGUCGCAGGGCUGCCCAUCCGCGGUGACGACAUCGCAACCUAUGGUGGCGACGAUUGGAUCCUCAACAAAGAGGCGGUCGUCAUUCGUGAGCUUGGGAUCACCAACUUGAUCUGCCACAGCGGCGCACCGACGAUUCACUCGGCCCCACCGGACAAGCGCCUCCUCCUCUACAUCAUCACCCGGAUUCUCCGCCCCCGGGACAGCAGCCAUACCUCGCUGUUCAACGAGGACUUGAAGGUGAUUCAUGCCAUCAUCCACGGCGCCUCCAUCAAUUGGGCGAAAUUCGUGAUGAUCCACACGGCGCCUUCCUCCACCUUCCGGAAGAAGUCCGGAGACCGGGACGACGCAGGCCCGAGUCGUGCACCAGCCCCCGCUCCCGCCAAGGCCUCCUUGCAAUCCAUAGCCGAUACUCUGAACCGGCUAACCCUCAUAGUGGAUGGCAUGGGGCAGUCAAUCGAGAGGAUGGACUGGACGCUGCAACGCCAACACCACGACAUGACGGCGUUCUUCCGCGGCAUCAACUACGUCCUGCCGCCCUUUGACAGCACCUUCCUUGGCCAAAACUAUGAAGGCGAGGACGAGGAGGAUAACUCCUAUGCUCCAUCCUCCUCCCCCGACGAGGCCGACUUUGAAGAUGCGGUCGACGGCGAUCCCAUGGACGUCAAGGACGACGAGGACGCCGAUGCUUAGACUUCUCUUUUCUCUUCUUCCUAUGAUUUUAUUUCUUAUUUUUUCUUCCAUUCCGUUGUAUUCCGCAUUUCCCUUUUCAUGAAUAAGUGUUUACUUUUAAAAUUCUAAAGUUUACUUUUAAUUCUUUUUGUUAAUGUCAAAACGGGGAAGAUAUUAAGGUCAUGCAUAAACUAAGGGGGAAUUU